UGUUUACACUGAAAAAGAUGAAUGACUCCAUGAGGAAAAAGUAAUUGUAACGAAACGCAACGAGUCAUUUUAUUAAAAAAAACGCGAACCGGAAUAAUUCAACUGUCUUAACGAUGACUAUACAACACUUUUGUGACAGAUGAACACUGAGACUUUAACUUUGCUCUGAUAUUCUGAGGCAGAGUGAGACAUCUUACGUUUUCUCAUCUAUGGCGUCACAUGAACACUCUGCCGUGUUUCUGGUUGUGAUGCUGCAUUGAAGCUAACUUUUUAAACGUUCGCUUCCGCUAUUUUUUGUGUGUUCUUGCUGUGUUCUCUGCUCUGAGCAGCAGCUCUGUCUGUCAACAUGGCGGGAAUCAUCCGCAGGCUCGACGAGACUGUUGUCAACCGGAUUGCUGCAGGAGAAGUCAUCCAGCGUCCUGCCAACGCCGUCAAAGAAAUGAUCGAGAACUGUUUAGAUGCCAAGUCCACCAACAUCCAGGUGACAGUGAAAGAUGGAGGGUUGAAGCUGCUUCAGAUCCAGGAUAACGGCACUGGCAUCAGAAAGGAAGAUAUGGAAAUAGUUUGUGAGCGUUUCACCACCAGUAAACUGCAGACGUUUGAGGAUCUCUCGGCCAUUGCAACAUACGGAUUUAGAGGAGAGGCCCUUGCGAGUAUAAGCCAUGUUGCACAUGUGACCAUAACGACCAAGACAGCUGAUGCCAAAUGUGCGUACAGAGGCUGCUACAGUGAUGGCAAACUUAAAGGUGCUCUUAAACCAUGCGCUGGCAACCAGGGAACACAGAUUCUUGCCGAGGACCUCUUCUAUAACGUGUCGACCAGGAGAAAAGCUUUGAAGAGCCCCAGUGACGAGCACUCCAGGAUUGUAGAGGUGGUCAGCAGGUAUGCCAUACACAACUCAGGAAAAAGCUUUUGUGUCAAAAAGCAAGGAGAGACUGUAGCAGAUGUGAGGACCCUACCCAACGCCUCAGUAGUGGAUAACAUUCGAGUCGUGUUUGGAAAUGCAGUCAGCAGGGAACUCAUUGAAGUUGGCUGCGAGGAUCAGAAGCUUGCAUACAAGAUAAAAGGCUACAUCUCAAAUGCCAACUACUCCGUCAAGAAAUGUAUCAUGGUCCUCUUCAUCAACAAUCGUCUGGUGGAGUCGAGCGCCUUGAAGAAAGCGAUCGAGACGGCUUACAGCGCAUACCUUCCCAAGAACACGCACCCUUUUCUCUACCUCAGCUUAGAGAUCGCGCCAAAGAACAUCGAUGUGAACGUUCACCCCACCAAACACGAGGUGCAUUUCUUGCACGAAGACAGCAUCAUCGAGAGUGUUCAGAGGCACGUCGAGAGCAAACUGCUGGGCACCAACUCCUCACGCACAUAUUUUACUCAAACGUUGUUACCAGGUCUGUCGGUCUCUGGUGGCACAGAGGUGACGUCCUCCAGCGCCACGGCGGAUUCCACCGAGAGAGUCUACGCACAUCAGAUGGUGAGGACUGACUGUCGCGCUCAGAAGUUGGACGCCUUCCUGCAGCCAAAAGAGAAGCCGCCGCCGCCGCCCAAUCCUGAGCCGGAACCAGGAGUUCCCAGCAGCAAGGAGGCUGCCAACAAAACCACCCAUCCUCACAGCAUAGAGAUGGAUGAGGAAGAUGAUGCAGAGAUGGUGGCGGCCAUGGCUCAGCAGGGGGCAGAAGUUUCUAAAGAUGAAGAAGAAAACGGUGUCAGUGCUUAUGAUGCUCAAAGGAAGCGUCCGAGGAAGGAGGAGCAGCAACAGCAGGAGGAGGAGGAGGAAGAGAAUCUGACAGCUGCAGCUGUGCCCAAGAGACGAGUCAUAAAACUGAACAGCAUCAAAGAGCUGAGAGCUGAGAUCAUGGAGAGCACACAUAAAGGUCUUCAAGAAAUGCUGCAGAACCACUCAUUUGUUGGCUGCAUCAAUCCCCAGUGGACACUAAUCCAACAUCACACUAAACUGUACCUGGUCAACACCACCAAACUCAGCCAGGAGCUUUUCUACCAAAUACUGAUCUACGACUUUGGGAACUUUGGUGUACUAAGACUCUCUACCCCAGCUCCGCUCUAUGACCUGGCCAUGUUGGCUCUGGACUGUGAGGAAAGUGGCUGGACAGAGGACGACGGACCCAAAGAAGGCCUCGCUCAGUACAUUGUGGACUUCUUGAGGAAGAAAGCGGAGAUGCUGGAGGACUACUUCUCCGUGGAGAUAGACCAGGAGGGAAAUCUUCGAGGACUGCCACUCCUGCUCGACAAGUACACUCCCGUCAUGGAGGGUCUGCCCAUGUUCAUCCUGCGCCUGGCCACUGAGGUGAACUGGGACAAUGAGAGGGAGUGCUUUAAAGACUUCAGUAAGGAGUGCAGCACCUUCUAUUCCAUCAGGAAGCAGUACAUCCUGGAGGUUGAGCCAGGAGAGGAGCAGGAUGAUGAGGCAAAUCUGUGGCGGUGGAAAAUGGAGCACAUCAUCUUCAAAGCUUUUCGGACGCUCCUAAGUCCUCCUAGGAACUUCAGCGAGGACGGCACCGUCCUGCAGAUCGCCAACUUACCUGACCUCUAUAAAGUGUUUGAGAGGUGCUGAAUCUCAUGAUCAUAUGACUGAAAACUCAACCUAACUGGCUGCUUGCUUUUACACUUGGAUGUAAUAUUUGUGCUGUAAAUAAAAUACUGUAUAAAACCAA